AGCCUUCAUGACGUCACUCCUCAUCCGCGGCAGAGAGAGCGGCGGCGAUCCGCUGCGGAGGAUGCCUACCCCGCUGCGGGGAUAACCGCCAGGCGAGAUGGCCGUUACUUUCUUCCUCGUCACAUCCCGCACCGCGACGACCCCUCGGCACCCAUGAAGCCCCCGUUGAUGAAGCCAAAACCGGCCAAAGCAAGGCGGAAAGAGGCCACUGAGCGAGAGAAUGUACUGGCGCGUCGGGUUCGCCUGGACGCGCUCGUGUGUGGUUGAUCUUGGCCGAAACCAGAGCUUCUCCUUCGGCCUGGGCGGCUCCGAUGAGCAGCUCUCGUUUUAUGGGUACAUCAUCGCCUACCCUCUGCAGGACUACGGCGGGAUCAUGUCGGCCCUUGGGUCGGACUCGUGGUGGCGGAAAACGCUUUAUCUUGCCGGGGGCGCUCUGCUCGCCACCGCUGCCUAUCUAUUGCACGAGCUGCUCGCCAUCAGGAAAGAACAGGAGCUGAACUCUAAAGAUGCCAUCAUCCUUCACCAGUUCUCCAGGCCAAAGAGCGGAGUCCCUUCUCUCUCCCCCUUCUGCCUCAAGAUAGAAACCUACCUACGCAUGGUAGACCUGCCCUACCAGUGUAACUACUUUGAUGGGAAGCUUUCUCCCCAGGGGAAGAUGCCAUGGAUAGAGUACAACCAGGAGCAGGUGUCUGGUACAGAGUUCAUCAUCGACUUCCUGGAGGAGAAGCUGGGCGUGAGCCUCAACAAGAACCUCAGUUCCCAGGAGAAGGCUGUGUCCCGGGCUGUCACCAAGAUGGUGGAGGAACACUUCUACUGGACCAUAGCAUACUGUCAGUGGGUGGACAACCUGGAGGAGACACAGAAGAUGCUGGCGGUGAGCGGGCCGCUGAGUGACCUACUCAAGUGGAUCCUGAGUCACCUGACCGGCGGCAUCGUGAAGAGAGAGAUGUACGGCCACGGGAUUGGACGGUUCACUAAGGAGGAGGUCUACACUCUGAUGGAGAAAGACAUGCGGACGCUGGCCACCCUGCUCGGUGAUAAGAAGUACCUGAUGGGUCCUAAGCUGUCCAUGGUGGAUGCCACUGUGUUCAGCCAUCUAGCCCCUGCUAUGUGGACCCUGCCGGGCACACGGCCAGAGCAACUCAUCAAAGGCGAGCUGAUCAACCUGGCCAUGUACUGUGAGAGGAUCCGCCGGCGCUUCUGGCCCGAGUGGUUCGUUGAUCUGGAGGACUUCUGUUACGAUGACACCACAGAGGACGAUGACUCCCUGUCCAAACUCCAAGACCUGGGGCUGUAUUCCCGCACAGACACCUUCCAGGAUGAGGCCAGUCCUCCUCACACACACACACACACACACACAAUCUCCCCAGACAGUGACCGCACAGGCCACUCGCUCUACGACUCGGACAUGGACACGGAGUGCUCCGAGAUGGAGCAGCUCAAGUGUUGACCGCCAUAUGACUCACACACAACACACACACUCCGCCCCCAUACAGUGCCCUCUACCUGUUGAGGAGGGAAUAACUACUGGGGAGCAUUUCUAUUGCCAGUGGCUGUUGUUGCCUGUGCUAAUGAGGGAUGGUAUCAGAGCUUCUACACACAAUGUGCUAGAGGAACAAAAGACUGAAAUUGAGAUAAAGGAAUAGCAAGAUAGAGAAAAUAAGGGUAAUAUAGCAAUAGAGAAAGAGCCCAAGAGGGAUAGAGAGAGGAAAAGAUCAACCUGGAAGAGAUAAAAGGGAAAGAGAGAAGGAUGGAGAACAGAGUUGCAAAAGAAAGAUCAGGAAUUAAUGACGCAAUCACUGAGAAACUCCUCCACCUGGGUGAUGUCAACACCUGUCGCCCAGUUUCCUGUUGUCGAGUUGCUCUUCCCACGGCAACCGUGUGUGUGUUACCUGUGUUCCCCAAUUGAGCUGCAUUGCCCCAACCAUGUGUGUUUGACAUACUGACCCCCUGACUUGCAUCCUUGCAAAAUAUGAGUCAUUAUAUUGAUAUUAUAUAUGAUAUGUGGGGAACUGUUCAGGCAAGAUGUGAAUGAGUACAGUUCAAUAUGAGUAUAAAUAGUAUAGAUAGCCUGCAAAUUAUAUAUAUUAUCCCAAUGUCCUAUAAUGUAAAUACUCUGUGUGGUUCUUCUGUACAACCUCUCAGUGCUUGUUUGAUAUGACCAAACGUCCUGGUGACCUUCAACUAACCCCUUGUGCUGGUCUAGGUUUUAGGAAUUCUAAUGCAUCUAUUUCUACCCAGAUGACUGACACUUUGCAUCUGCAGUCAGGUCUUAACCCAUCAUUGAGUAUUUCGUCAGUCCUUUGUAGAAUGGUCAUUGAUGUUGAGGGCGAGUUUCAGAUGCUGUGGAUUGAGGGGACAUCUCAGUAAUCUAAAGUGGAUUCAUCUCAAUAAUCUAAAGUGGCUUCCUUUCCUCGUCUCCUCUCCUUCAUCUGCACAGAUCUGAAAACAUUGGAUAGGUGAAAGCAAUAUGGUAGAUGAUUACUGGAACUUUAUUCCACUUGUCCAAUUCUUUCACAUCAGAUAAAGAAGAGGAGGAGAGGCGGCUACAUGAGAUCUUUAGUUGUGUGUAUGUACAUUCAGCCAUUGAGAGCGGAUGAAAUAACCAUGUAGAAAUAGACUAGAUAUACUUGGAGGUGCAUGGCUAAUAGGUGCCAAUGAAAAUCACACUACCCUGCUGGUUAUCUGUUAUCUACGUUUCUACGCUUCCCUGUUUUAAUGUUUAUUGUGAUGCAGUGUGUGUGUGUGUGUGCCUCAGGCCAGAGAAAGCGAACAAAGAUGCAAUAGAUUGAAAUAACUAUUAGGCCUUUGCCCAGCCUCUCUGUUCUCAUCAAAUACAUGGCGUGUCUACUCCCCUUUUAGAAUUAAUUGAUUCUAGAAAUAGAAGGAAUAGAAUGGCCAUUGUUACUUAUAGCAUCAAUUCACUCUGUGCUAUGCAUGAAACAACUACUAUAAUCCACAGUGUUGAUUGCCAGUCUUAUUUAAUAGUAGGCUACAGUAUGUGGAAUAGUGAAACAGUCUACUCUAAUCUUUCUAUUUCUAGUGCAUUGCUGAUGUAUGAUGGUGAGAUGUGGACAUUACAAGUGUUUGUCAUUCAGCGGACGCUUCUGGGUCCUGUGUGUGCGUGUAACAAAGGGUGUAGAAUUCUGUCCAUAUGGUGCAUCAAUGAGUCAUCGUACCUUGUGAGUUGAUUUUGAGGCGUACACCAUUUAUUCAUGCUGGGUGCUAACAGCUGACCCUAUACAGAUACAGACACAGAUACAGCCAGAUACAGAUACAGCCAGAUACAGACACAGAUACAGCCAGAUACAGAUACAUACACAGAUGCAUACAGAUACAGACACAUAUACAUACAGACAGAUACCGACACAGAUGCAGACACGUACAGACACAUACAGACAUAGACACAGAUAUACAUACAGACACAGAUACAGACACAUAUAUAGAUACAGACACAGAUACAGAUACAGAUAUAGAUACAGACACAGAUACAGACACAUAUAUAGAUACAGAUAUAGAUACAGACACAGAUAUAGAUAGACACAGAUAUAGAUACAGAUACAGACACAGAUAUAGAUACAGACACAGAUAUAGACACAGACACAGAUACAGAUACAGCUACAUGGCCACAGUAGAACACACAGAGACAGGACUCUCAUCUGUUCUAACGGUCGCAGCAGAGAAUAGUAAUGAAUGAGUAGUGAAGUAUUGGGUUCUCUUCAGGGCAGGUGUAGACGUUAGUAUGGAAACGAUGAUGAUUGUAAUGGUUAUGAUGGUGAUGUUUAUGAUGAUACGAUGACGAUCCUCUGCAAACCUUAUUAAGAAGUUUACUCUCCUGACCACAUCUUACUACAAAACAGAGUCCUCCAUGCGGGGUAAAACAGUGUGAAUGUACACAGUGAUACAUAAGCCUUUGUGUGUAGACGAUGCAUCAGUCUGUCACUGUCUGUGCCCCUAUACCCUGCCUGCAUGUUUCUUGCCUUCACUUAUACGAGCCAUGUGAGAGACACAGCCUUAUGGAUUUACUGUAAGGCCUUGGUGUUUACCUUUUAAGCCAGUGAAAGCAUAUCAUUUAUGUAUUUUAUAUGUACAUGAUUUAUUUUCUAUUUAUUUGUUUUCUAAUGAUUUGUUUUCUAUUUGUUUUGUGUAUUCAUGUUUAUUGAUUCUGUUGGUUUACAUUUGGGGGUGAUGUUAUAAUGAGGCAUUAUUUGACUCUAUUAGUAAUGUAGCUAUUUAUUUUCUUAUAUUUUUGUACUUUUGUUCUAUUGCUGCCAAUUAUGUUUUUGUUUAGAUUCUCUCCUAUUUGAACAUGGUAAAGAAUGGAGUGUGAUUGUAUGUCUAUGUUGUGUGCGGUCCUCUUAUUCUACUGGAACUGGGUUGCCAUUGGUUUGUCAGAACUAUGUUAUAAUCUAAAUCUCAACCUGAAGCAAACCUCUCUUAAUGGUUGCCAGAAUCGUGACAUGUUCAAUGUUUGAUGAAUGCUGAACUAACAAUGCUGAACUGUUUGGUGAAUGCUGAACUUUGGUAGUUGGGUUUAGGCUUGAGUCUAAACCCAACCACCAAAUGACCUGUGUGUUUCAUUGGGGCAUGCUUAUGUCCCUUAUCUAGUACAUUGGCGUAGCAAACACACCUGCAGCUUGUGGAUCCCCGCAAAUUAUUAUUUUGGGGGGUACAAAUCUAACAUAUGGAAUUGUUUUAAGAUCGUCAAACCAUGGAUCAUUAUAGAAAAUAUUAUUUGAUACAAUUUUACAUUUGGCCUUUUCUACCAUAGCCCAUUGAAACAGAUGAAAUAACGCCUUCAUAGAUGACAAAAAAGUCAGUAAAAAUAUAAAUGAUAAGGAUUUGAAGUGUGUUGUCCUACAUCUAGGAGAUAUAAGAAAGCUCUGGAAAUAUAUAUACUUUAUUUUCUUCACAUAUUUAAAACCUUAUUUUUUGAGGCACAAAACUACCUUCAUACUUCCAUGCAUUUGUAUGGGUUACAGUCAGAUGAGUGAUGGUCCUAGAGCAAAACUGAGACACUGUCGUGUUCGUGAGAGUAUCCCCGUUCCAUAGAUUGGUCAUAAGAGUUUGUAACCAUUCGGACGCUACAGAGGUUUUCGUGAGAAGAGCGAUUUUUAAGACGUUUCAUGAUCUGAUAAAGAUGGCUGUACCUCGGCCACCUUCAGUUGCAGGUGCGGAAGGCCGACAGGCAGAUGUGGUUGAUAGAGACGUAGCCCAGGCAGGAAACCUGAUAUCUCUAUCUUAAACUGACAGAUUUUGAUGGGGAUUUUUUUGAUCAUGUGAUUUAGAUUGAUGCACGAGUCAGUCUGUAUCAUGGAAAGAGCAGGGGUUCUUGACGUUUUGUAUGAUCAGUGUAUGUCAACUCUGUCAGACAUCAUAAAAGGCAUUUCAUUUUUACAACUAUUGUCCGAAAAGCGUUUUAAUUUGCAGGGGAAAAAGAAGGAAGGGACGCGCUGCUAAGGUACACAAUAGUCCAUUUUUGUAGACAGAAGGUGCUCUUUGGUAAAAUGGGUAAAUUGGUUAUCAAAAAGAAAGGAGGACCAAGGCACUCUUCAUACAAUUAUUUAAAAUGCCUUCAUUUGUAUGGCAUGUUCAAUGAAACAAAGAUUAAAAACUCUGACGCGUUUCGGCUGCAUAGCCGUUCGUCAGCGAGUACAAAGAUACGAUAAUACAAUGUCCUUUUUUUAACAGCAUUUUCCAAUCAAUCCUGAUUUGAAAAGGGAGUGGCAACACAAUUCAUUGGACAACAACUAGUAAGCAAUACUAUACACAUUAAAAAGUCCAAUCAAAAUGCAAAUCAAGGCUAGAAGCAUCAGAACCCCUAGAAAAGUGGUUCUAACCUUGAAUAUGAGCCAUCUAAUUUAUAGUACACUAGGUGAUCUUUUUAAUGUGUAUAGGAUUGCAUACUGGGUGUUGUCCAAUGAAUUGUGUUACCACUCCCUCCGCAAAUCAGGGUUGAUUGGAAAAUGUUGUUCAAAAGAGGACAUUGUACUAUCGUAUCUUUGAAGUUUUGAUUCUUUGUUUCCAUUAAACAUGCCAUACAAAUAAAGGUAUUUUAAUGAAUUAUAUGAAAAGUGCCUUGGUCCUCCUAUCUUUUUAGUGUUUAACGGCCUUGAUUGUUUAAUUCUAACAUUAGACUAUUCAAAUAUGUAAUACCAACCUCCAAACUGUUUUGUUUUAUAGCACUAUUAAAUGCUUGGCUAAUUUCAUUA